AUGGCGCGCCUCUCGUUUUCUACGGCCUUGUUGCCGCUGAAAUCUUCCUCCUUGAUCGCCGUCGCUGCAACAAUCCUCACAUCUCUCCCCAUGGCUCUAGGUCACGAACACGGCGUCAGCCACAUCCAGGAGGGCGAGACCGUCUCGCAGGAACCCAUCGACACGACGCUAUGGAUACACAUCUUCAUCAUGAUGCUGGCCUUCGGCGUCAUCUUCCCCGUCGGCAUGGUGCUGGGAAUGACCAAGAACCGCUGGCAUGUUCCGACUCAAGUCCUCGGUUCCGCCCUCGCCAUUCUUGGCUACUUCCUCGGCCAUAUGCACCGCGGCCGACAAUUCGUCGCCCAUAACGUCCACGCCUCCUUUGCGAACUGGCUCAUGAUCAUCAUGGCCGCCCAGGUCGGCCUGGGUGUCUACCUGAGGCUACAUCUUGAAAAGGGCAUCAACGGCCGCAUCCGCCGAUUCAUCAAGCCCGCCCACGGCUUCCUGGGCAAGGCCUCCCCCGUCCUGGCCUGGACGCAGUUCCUGUUUGGCGGCAUUACCUCGUUGGGUUUCUGCCAGGGCGACCACCUCGGCCAGUGCUUGGCGCACUUCAUUAUGGGCAGCGCCUUCAUCGCCUACGGCAUCAUCCUGACACUGCUGCUCCUCGUCGGACAGCUGUGGAUCCGCCGCAGCGGGCGGUCGCAAGAGUUCUUCGACAGUAUCGUCAUCGCGGCGUGGGGCUGCGUCAACACGUUCACCGAGCACCGGUGGGGCACCGAAUGGGUCAGGAACGACUGGCAGCACACGACCAUGGGUAUCAUCUGGUGGUGCGCCGGCCUCGUUGGCAUCUGGCUCAGCCGCGAUCGCGACGGCAACCCCAAGCGGAACUUCAUCCCCGGCUUCGUCAUCGGCAUCACUGGCUGGGGCAUGUCGGCCCACCCGCAGGACCUCCCCAUUAGUGCCAUGACGCACAACAUGUUCGGCAAGACCUUGAUGGGAGUCGGCAUCACCCGUGUCAUCGAGGUGGCUUUUGUCGUCAAGGACGCCACAGGCGUCUCGGCCGAUGGACGCCAGACGAACAGCUGGCAGUUCAUUCCUGUCUUUCUUUUGUACGCGUCUGGUUUUCUCUUCAUGGGCGCCACCGAAGAGCAGAUGGCCCUCGUCGCCAACUCUGGUCUCGACCACGUUUCCUACAUCCUCAUCCUGUACUCGUUCGCAUUCCUGCUCUUCCUCUUCACCAUGAUGCUUAUCCACCUCUUUGACCGCAACGCCAACACGGACGGCAAGGUCGUCCUGGAGAAUGGUGUGCCGGUAGUCAACGGGCGUCCCGGCGAGAACCGCCAGGUACGUGAUGCCGAGGAGUUCGAACUCGAGGGUCUCAUGAGCGACGACGAGGACGAGGCGCGCAAGGGCCUGAAGGACGACACGGACGACGACCAAGGUCUGGGAAGCCCGAGCAGCCCCAGUACGAUUGGCAAGAACAGCGACCGAGUGGCGCGGUGA